GCCACCAAGGAGGCCCUGCACGUGCUCUCGGAGCUGUAUGCGCCACCGCCCAGCACGUCCGUGCAUGCGAAAGGCAAGAGCGUGGUUCGAGAUGACAAGAGCGUGGAUCAAGACGACCUGGAUGAGACCGACACAUCUCGAAUAUCAGGGAAGCUCGCUGCCAGCGGUGCGGUUCCUGCUCACGACAUCUCUGGGGACAUCGCUGCCCGCGCGCGGAGGAACCUCCGCCGGGACGUGGAGAGCAAGCUUGCUGAGUCCAGUCGUAAGUUCCUGCUGGCAUUUGGAGAGGUUGACAAGGUGAUUAUCCGUUUCCGCUCUCUGGGCUAG